CUUCCUAUCGCACAACCGCGCCGCUGUCACGGGACCACAAGCCACAGGCUACAAACACUCGCGGUACGCUCAAAACAAAAGCCAGCUUACAACAAUUUCAAGUUAAUAUCCUUUUGAUGCGGGCGGCGCCAAAAUUUUUAAACUAUUGAACAAAGUGUUACAAUGGUGUGUUGAUGGUGUGACGAUGGAGUGAUGUGAUUUUGAAAGAUUUCGUUUUAAAUUACAAUCCUUGGAGGGAUUUUUCUUUGAGCGAUUCUUUGGGAUGUGAUGUGCGCUCCGGCAGGUCAACAUGUCCGCGGUGAUGAGCACGCUCUCCAUGAUCAGCGGUGGACGCCGCGCGCACCGCAAACUUGCCAGCUCACGCAAGUCGGGGCAGUUCUCGGACGCGGGCGAGGAGCGCGGCCGCGGUCAGCAUGACCUCAACAAGCAGCAACGGUCGGCAUCCCUCCAAACCCUGGAGCCUGGAGGGGUCGUCAACCUCGAGAGCUUGGAGGCUAAGAUGGCCAGUAUCGAGGUGUCGCUGGCGGGCGUGGGGUCGCGGCGCCGCAGCGCUGGUGUCCGCGACGCCACCAGGGAGCUAGACGCGCUGCGAGCCGCGCUCUCCGACAAAGACACGCUCAUACAAAGUCUAAAGAAGCAGCUGAGCGCAUCUCUAAGCGCGGCGCGGCUGGCUGCGCACGCGUCGUCGCCGGCCCCCUGCAACCGAGACGAAGCCACCACGCUGUCGCAAGAUGAGCGACGUGCCUUGGAGGAGCGCGCAAGCGCGGUGCGCGCUGAACUUGACACCAGGAAGGCCAAUAUAUUGGAGCUGAAGCGGCGCUUGGAGAAGACUCAUGUCACUGAGAACAUAGACACCCGCAUCGAGCAAGCCGAGCUGCAGUACCAGGUGGGGCGCGAGGAGCUGGAGCUGCUGACGCUGGGCGAGCAGGCUCGAGCACUCGCUCUGCUCAUCGAGCAGGCGGACGCCGCGCAUCGCACCACUCUCUAUAGCACGGUGCGAGAGUGCGGCGGCAACGCUGUAGUCAUCGCAGCCGAGGCGCGCGACAACGUGUGGAGCGCCGCGUCCCGGGGCUCCGGCGUCACCAUCGACUGGACGGAGCACGCCGCCAUGAAGCCUGGCGACAGAAUACUAGAAGUGAACGGCACAUCGACCCUGUGUUGCAGCCAGGAGGAGUUCCGUCGCGCCGCAACCAGCGCCAGCCCGGCGCGCCUCGUGCUGCUGCGGCCGCAGCACACGCCGCCCUCUGCACUGGCUUUUACACAAAAUGAAGCAGCAUCUCUUCGCGCCGAGCUGGGCGCGCUUCGGGUGGCGGCGGAGGACGCGGAGAGAGCCAAGGAGGGGCUGCGCUGCGACAACACCAGGCUCACACACCGCAUCUCCUACCUCGAGGAGCAGGUCGCCGAGCUGCUCAACAGGCAUCCGCAGCUACAAUCAGUAAGCAGUAACGACAGCUGCAUAACAGUGAACAAAACAAAGAAAAACGUGACCAGCAUCAACAUAACCACGGAACCACAACAGAAAACGAGUCCAAAAUCAGAAGUACAGGUUUUCCAGAAAGGACCAGAUAUUACAGCGAUCGUUGCAAAACUACCAGGACUGGAUGGCGCAGAGACUAACUUGCCAGUUAUCAGGCCGAGGUCGAAUGCCUCCGGUGCUUCCUCCAGAGUAGCGACUUCCCCGAGAACAUCACCCACGCCAAACAGAAGAUCCCACAGCUCCCAUAGUCUAGAACAUAGGGCAGGCCGCAUACGACAUUCGCUCUCGCAUCACUGCAUACACGACUACAGCGCGGAAACCGACGCAGCCAUCCGAAUGAUUGAAAGAAACCAAAGACACAUGGAGAAGCAGCGCAUGAAGACAGACAGGUUCAGCAGAUCCAAAACAGAAGAAAACUUCCGCUCCGACAGCGAUCUGGACAAAGAUCCGCGAUACAAAGAAGAACCGAUCGUGUGCGACCAAAGACGUAGCGAAAUCAAGAAAGCGGCUGAAAGAAUCGAAGAGAGCAUCAAGAAAACAAACUGGGCGGAACGAAAGACUAUGUCAAUAAUUGAGAACCUCAAGCGCUCGCAACGUCUACGUAAAAUUAAGAAAAACGAAAGCACUGAAAACAUACAAGUGGAACCUGAAAGGCAUUACAGCUACAACAGGAUAGAUGGGAAAGUAUUAGAAAACGCACACAAAUCCAGUCGAAGAUCGUCAAAAUUGCACUCACGCAGCGCCAAAUCUUCGGAAUUCGAAUCUGAAUGUUCAGAUUAUCCGAACGGCGACGUGUACAGCAGUUCACCACGGUUGGACUACGGUUCAGAAAGCUGUUCAAGGCUAAGCCAUUACAUCAAGAAUGAAGACCGCGAGGAGCUCAAACGACCCACGCCUCCGAGGAAACCGAUGCGAUUGUCACUACACAAAGCGAGAAGUGCUCAUUCUCUAAUGAACGGGAGUGAGUCCGAGACCACCAGCAGACCUCCUUCGGAAGCUCAAAACGGGGAUAUAGGACAGAUGCAUUGUAAACGGCCAGUGAAAAGGACUCAUGCGAACGACAAGUGGGCACGGGAGAGGAUCAGGGACGGCGGUCGUGCCACGCCGCGUCCUGCGCGGAAACUGUUGAACGGUCUGACCGCGUGCGAAGCACCCGCUGCUGACGAUUUGUACCCGGAGUCCAUGCACGUCCCGACGAGAAUGAAAGGCAAAUGGUGCUAGCGACUGAUUCAUGGAUACAUUAAGGACCUGCACUGACGAGGGACUUUUUGUCCGCGGAGCGUUGAAUGUUGAUAGUAGGGCGAUCAGGUAUAUUUUAAUAAUAAAAUAGAGCAUAUAAAUUUUAUAUGAUUUAUAUAUAAAAACAAUUAUAAAACAAAUUCGUAUUAAUGCCGGAGGAUAAACUGUAAGGGCUCGUUCACAUUACAAGAUUUUCUUAAGGUGUUCUUCCUUUUUUAUUGAAUAUAAUAGACAUGCAGACUGCAGGCGUAAUGUCUGAUAGACAAAUUAUGUCUUAACUCUUAGACCAGCCGCAUAUUAUCAGAAAUGUACUCUGCACAUAUCUGUAGCCUAGAUACGUUCGAUCCUGCAAUAUUCUGACCGUAUGCGGAGCAAGCAAGCAAUAGGUACGUACGUCCACACAAAUCUUCCAGAACACACACAACGUACGAUUCACUCCAACAGUGUGACGAACUACGUCAUUUUGCAAUUAGUCGUUGGAGCGAAACGACGUUGUGUUCUACCAAGAGUGGUAGUGUGUUGCUUGCUUGUCCCGCUUAUUUACCUAAUAGUGGGGGGAGGGCGAUGAAAAUCUUAUGCUGCACAUUUACCAUUUGUCUGUUUUGGCGGAUUAUAGCAAAUUCGACUUAACGUUCUUUGUCAUGGAAUUCCGCAAAGUAACGCCUACUUCUAUCCAACCUUCAUAAGAAAUUCUUGUAAAGUAAAUGAGUCCUAAGAGGCUAGAAAAUAAAGUUUCGUGUAUACCAAUGUUAUUGACAACUUUUGUAAAUAUAAAUUAUAACUCAGCACCCACCGUUAAAUACUCACCUUUGUAAAAUGUAUUUAUAGAGAGAAAAAUAAAAAACAGUAAUUCAGA